AAAACAAAAAUAAAAGUGUUGACGGAACCGAUAGAAUCAUCGAGAACAGAGGAGGAGCUAUGGCGCCGCUUCAUGUAUCGGCAUCGCUUUCGUCGCCGUUGCCACUUCUCUCUCCGCCACUGUCUUCACCGUCUCUAAACAGAGCUGCUGCUACGACAUCUAUUGAUUGCUCUUUCGUCUCCGUUCAACGCUUCCCUCUGAGGCGUAAGACGAGGAAGCAGUUGCAGGUGGUGUCUAUGGCUCCUGAGGAAGAAAAGCUCACUCGUCGCAACCCUCUUGAUUUCCCUAUUGAAUGGGAGAGACCAAAGCCAGGGAGGAGACCAGAUAUAUUCCCCAAGUUUAGUCCUAUGAAGUCACCGUUGCCUCCUCCAAUGCCUUAUGAUCCUCCUGAAGAAGAUGAUGAAGAGGAAGAGAAGAAAGAAGAAGAAACAGAAGACGACCCUGACAAGGAAGACGAGGACCAACCCAAUAACCACUAGUAAGAAAACUCAUCUCUCUAACACUCUUGUUGUUGUUGUUGUUGUUGUUUUGUCUUAGAAACCUUGAUGGAUCUUAUUUCACGUUAAAGAGAUUAAAAAAAAAAAAAAAAGAAGAAGAUAUUGUCAACCCUAAAAUAUGUUGGUGGAAGUUUGGAACUCAUUUGCUGCGUAGAUUUGCUCCUAUGCCUAGCUUACAUCUGCUGUAGUAAACUCGCUUUCUGCAAACGAUUUUUUGAAUGUAUUCUCUCAAUAAAGCUCCUCGGAUUUUAUUGUUUAAACUACAU